UUUUCAGGUUUUAGUCUUGGCUUUCUGGCGUUGAUAAUUGGCAUUAUUUGUAUAUACUCCACCAUCCAGAAGAGGAGACUCCACAAACUAAGAGAGAAGUUUUUCUACCAAAAUGGUGGUUUGUUAUUACAGCAACAACUUUCUUCUAACGAAGACAGUAGUACACAAUCAGCUAAAGUAUUUUAUGCCGAAGAGCUUGAGAAGGCCACCAACAACUAUUCCGAAGAUCGCAUCCUUGGCCGAGGAGGUUAUGGAACAGUUUACAAAGGGAUUUUGAGCGAUCAUCGUGUUGUUGCAAUCAAGAAAUCGAUAAAAAUGGAUGAUGAUCAAAUAGAACUAUUCGUCAAUGAGGUGGUAAUCUUAACUCAGAUUAACCACAGAAAUGUGGUCAAACUAAUGGGAUGUUGUUUGGAAACUGAAGUACCUUUGUUAGUAUAUGAAUACAUCUCAAACAAUACCCUAUAUUACCAUAUCCACAACAAUGGGGAAAGGCCGUGGUUUUCUUGGGAAAAUCGGUUGAGGAUUGCCUCAGAGGCUGCGGGUGCGCUUGCAUAUCUUCAUUCUUCAGCAUCAAUGCCGAUUAUCCAUAGAGAUGUUAAGUCUAUGAAUAUAUUGUUGGAUGAGUAUUACACUGCCAAAAUAGCUGAUUUUGGAGCUUCAAGACUUGUCCCUAUUGAUCGAACACAAAUAACCACUCUUGUACAGGGAACUUUGGGUUAUCUUGACCCAGAGUACUUCCACACGAGCCAGUUGAGAGAGAAAAGCGACGUAUAUAGCUUUGGGGUGGUCUUGGCUGAGCUUCUCACAGGUCGGAAACCUCUGUCUCCAGACAAGAGCAAAGAAGAGAUGAACCUAGCUAGUUACUUUGUUUCGUUGGUUAAGGAAAAUCGGUUGUACCAAAUUAUCGAGCCAAGAAUUUUGAGAGAGGGGAGUUUGGAGCAAAUCAGUGCAAUGGGUGAGCUUGUUAAGAGAUGUGUCGAGAUGAAAGGUGAUGAAAGGCCGACUAUGAAAGAAGUGACAAUGGAAUUGGAGAGGUUAAGAAAGUAUAACAUUGCGCAUUCACACACUCAAGAAGAGAUAAAAACACUUAAUGGAGGCAUGAGAUUAACUAGUGAGCAGCAACCUGAUCUAUAUCCGGUUCCAGUUAAUCCCGAUUUAAGCUCUGGCGAAUACUCUGGGCAGUACAGUACAGAGAGUCGGUUGUUCCAUGCAAACAAUAGCCCUCGUUAAAACGGAAGUAACAAAGAUGUUCUUCAGUUUCUUUGUGUCUUUUUUUUUUCCUUUGAUCGAAAUAAACUU